UGCCUAUAGUCGCUGCUCGCCUGCGGCGCUGUGCGGCACGGACAGGUCUGAACGGCUAUUCAGAAGUGAGUUCACGCCAAAGACGUGCACGUGGCUUGGAGGCGCUGCUGGUCAGCUAGGAGGCUGGGCGGUGGCCUCUUUGUGACUGGUGGCGAGCAGCUGCGGCCAUGACGCUCCGCACCGCUGCUGCCAUCGCCGUGGCCGCCCUGUGCGUGACCUGCGUAGCCGCGGUCGUGGGCGGGCUGGACCAGCGCAUCCGCUGCGGCUGCCGCGUGGUCGGCUUCGGCCACGUGCACAUAGACAUCGGCUGCGGCUACAGCAAGGCAAAUGCUUACUCGCACGGAAGAGAAGGGAGGAACAUUACCUGCAGGAAAGAGGAGACGGCGUUCAUCCCCCGCGGCUACGAGCUGCUGGCCGGCGUGGGCGUGUACAAGGUGCACCGCGCGGCCGCCGACCAGGGGGCGGCGGCCUCCCGCUGCUGGCUGGAGGGCGGCCAGCUGACGGUGCCCGCAGACCCGGCGGAGGCGGACGCGCUGGCGGCGCUGCUGAGGCGCGCGCACGUCGCCGCCGCCCUCACCGCCAUCACGGACCGCGACAACGAGGGCCACUUCAUGUCCAACCUAGGAGGGUCUCUGGACGCGGCGCUGCGCGGCCGCUGGGAGGCGCGCCAGCCGGACAACGGCGGGCUGUCGGUGCGCCGCGAGGACUGCGUCACGCUGAGCAGCGGCGCACUCUUCAACGACGUGCCGUGCGACCAGCCGCUGCCCUUCGUCUGCAUGCUGCCGCUCUACCCCGUGCCUCCAGCCGGCUACCAGUACAUACCAGGCCUGGGCUUCUACAAGCGAUACACGAAACCAGAGAAAUACGAGGAGGCGAAGCGUAUCUGCGAAGGGGACGGCGGGCACCUCGCAGUACCGGACACGUUUGAGGAGGCCGAGGAGCUGCUCAAGCUGGCGGCUGGUGACGGCCGCUCCUCCUACGUCGGCAUCAGUGAUAUCGAGAGAGAAGGAAGCUUCGUCACCGUCACGGGCCAAUCGUUGGGUGAGUUGGCGUUUGACAACUGGGCUCCGGACGAGCCGAAUGACUUCCUGCACUUCCUGGGGGGCGAGGACUGUGUGGAGCUGAAAGCGUCUGGCCUGCUCAACGACAUCAACUGCGGCAUCGCGCUGCCGUUCUUCUGCGAGAGACCGUUGCCCUCCAGAAUGAGAAUCACUGGCAAAGUCAAGAAUGGUAAUGGAAUUAAACAGACGAGUGGCAGCAUACUAUCAGAUGGGCUUCUUAUCAACUACAUUACAAGGAGAUUUUCAUCACAACUGUCCAGGGAUGCCGAUUUUAAUUGUGCCAGCCACCCAAUUACUCCUUCAGGAGUCUGCUUUCAAAGUACAUUCAACGCCAUAUGUGGAUACGGUAUGUGAACUAUGUUGUAAAUAUAUUCAGUAGCAGCGAAAUAAUAAAUUUAAGCAUCAGGCAUGAUGCAGCAGUUUCCGACACAUCUCAAUGUAUAUAGUGAUACAAUUUUGCAGACACAUUCAGUGGUCUAUGUCAGUACUGUCUGGAAAGUGUCACGAAUACGGUUACUAGUAAAGAUAUCCUGAUUUGCACAGAAUGAUUUUCAGUGUAUCAUAA